AUAAAAAGAAGAGGAAAAAAUGCAACUCUUACCGUCUCCAUCGUCAUUAUCAUCAUCAUCAUCCAGUGUUCCUCUCCAAAGCCCUAAAUUCCCUCCUGUCUUCUCUCACUCCCCGGCAUUUCUCAGAAACUGCAGCUUUGCUCCAAGCUUCUCUUGCCUCUCUUCAGUCUCGCUGAAAAAGCUCUCCGUGGAAUGCCGCCGUUCAGAGUAUUUCGAACAACAACAGAGGUUCAGUGGACCUGCUGACGAUUCCUCUCCUCAGUCUGCAGGAGCUUUGCCUUCGAGGGUUUUCGUUGGCCAUUCUAUAUACAAAGGGAAGGCAGCUCUAACAGUAGAGCCCAAAGCUCCGGAGUUUGCUCCUUUAGAUUCGGGAGCGUUUAAGCUAACAAGGGAGGGAUUCGUGCUCCUUCAGUUUGCUCCUGCAGCUGGUGUUCGACAGUAUGAUUGGAAUAGAAAGCAGGUAUUCUCACUAUCAGUGACUGAAAUUGGAACACUGAUAAACCUUGGAGCAAAAGAUUCGUGUGAAUUUUUCCAUGAUCCGUUUAAAGGGAAAAGUGACGAAGGGAAGGUUAGGAAGGUUUUGAAGGCCGAGCCCCUUCCAGAUGGAUCUGGCCAUUUCUUUAAUCUCAGUGUUCAAAACAGGAUCUCAAAUGUGGAUGAGAACAUUUACAUCCCUAUUACCAAAGCAGAGUUAACUGUCCUUGUUUCAGCUUUCAAUUUUAUACUUCCAUACCUUCUUGGUUGGCACGCUUUUGUGAACUCCAUUAAGCCAGAUGAUCCUGCCCGUAUCAACAAUGCCAAUCCUCGGUAUGGGGCUGAUCUUGAGUGGAGCAGAUAGGUCUGAUUUUCUGUUUGGAUGACAGGGAAAGAGUGAAGGCCUCAUGAAUCUUCAAUGUAGAGGACAGCUCUUGUUUUGAUUUUCUUACUUUAACUGAUAUGUAUACAACACAUUGUAGAGAUUUUUGGUUGAGGACUUUAGUUAGUUCAGUGGUUUGAUUGAGUGAAUGUGAUGAUCAUGCUACAUAAUGUUUGUUCAAAUUAUGCUUGGUUAUGUUGAGUAUUUCCAUGCUUUAAAUUUUUAUCAAGU